AUGGUCGUCGACACGGCCUACUACGACACGCUGGGUGUCCAGCCCACCGCCACCGACAUCGAGAUCAAAAAGGCCUAUCGCAAGCUGGCCAUCGUCCACCACCCCGACAAGAACCCCAACGACCCGACCGCCCAUGAAAAGUUUCAGCAGAUCGGCGAGGCCUACCAGGUACUGUCCGACAAGGACCUGCGCGCCGCCUACGACAAGUUCGGCAAGGACAGCGCCAAGCCCCAGGAGGGCUUCACCGACCCUGCCGAGUUCUUCACCUCCAUCUUCGGUGGCGAGGCCUUUGUCGACUGGAUCGGAGAGAUCACCCUGAUGAAGGACCUCACCGCCACCAUGGACAUCACCAUGCAGGAGGAGGAGGCCGCCGCCGCCGCCGCCGCCGCCGCCGGCGAGGUCGAGGCCGAGGGGCAGAAGCAGGCCGGUGAGACCGCCGACAAGACCAAGGAUGAGUCGCCGUCCGGGACCACCCCGGCCGCCGCUGCCACCGCCGGCGCCGCCCCCCAAGUCGUCGUCGACGAGACCAAGGAUGCAGAGGGGGCGAGCGGCACCACCACCCCAGCACAACCCUCCCGGUCAGGUGCCACGUCGCCGGCCCCGUCGUCGACGUCGCACAGCCGGACGCACCAGAUACCCAUCCGCCCCGCCCUGACGGACAAGUCGCACGAGGACAUGACGGCCGCCGCCGCCGCGUCCGAGGGCGACCUGACCAAGGACGGCAAGAAGAAGGGCGGGCUCUCCAAGGAGCAGCGCGACCAGCUGGCGGCGCUGGAGAAGGAGCGCGCGCGCGUGCGGCAGGAGCGCGUGGACACGCUGGUGCGCAAGCUGGUGGACCGUCUGAGCGUGUGGACCGAGGCGGACAAGAGCGCCCAGGUGACGCGGUCGUUCCAGGAGCAGAUGCGGCUCGAGGUGGAGAACCUCAAGAUGGAGUCGUUCGGAAUCGACAUACUGCACGCCAUCGGGCAGACGUACGUGUCGCGCGCCUCGGCUCUGCUGCGCAGCCAAAAGUUCCUCGGCUUGGGCGGCUUCUUCAGCCGCCUCCGCGACAAGGGCACCAUGGUCAAGGACACGUGGAACACCAUCAGCAGCGCCAUCGACGCCCAGCAGACUAUGGAGGACAUGGCCCGCCGCGAGCAAGAGGGCGGCGAGGACUGGGACGACGAGAAGCGCGCCGAGUACGAGCGCCGCGUCACCGGAAAGAUCCUCAACGCCGCCUGGAGGGGUUCCAAGUUUGAGAUUCAGAGCGUCCUGCGCGACGUCUGCGACCAGGUUCUCUACGACAAGAAGGUUCCCCUUCCCAAGAGGUUGGAACGUGCUCAGGCUCUCGUUCUCGUCGGUGAUAUUUUCAGCAAGGCCGCCCGCUCUCCAGAAGAAGAAGGCGACUAUCUCGUCUUCGAGCAGCUCGUAGCCGAGGCCGCCAUAAAGAAGGACAAGAAGGAGGUGGACAAGAAGAAGAAGUCCAAGGACCACCACCACCAUCAUCAGCACUCUGAAAAGGAGUCGACGACACCUACUGAGAAGUAG